UGACAACCGGGGCUUGGUAGCAGCGCGGCGCACACCAUAAGUGCCGUCUUGUGUUUGUCGACGCGCUUUGUUACCGCAGCGUUUUUCCUCUUGUCUCCCGUGGCUACAGCAGUGGUCGCCAUGUCUUCGCCGGCUCGCAUGGCCACCGAUCCGGCGGCCGCGUCCACCAUUGCGGCAGGGGCAGACUACGCCGUCGUCCAAAAUCUCAUCCUGGUGCAGCGCGGCGACUCCCGCGUCAUGGAUCUCGAGCGCGUGGGGAUGUUUCCCGGGCCGAGGUCGUGCGCGGACACGAAAAACCUGUCCGUGUUGAUCGCGGUCGUGCAACCACUGGUAGACGCGCACGACUACGAACCCAAACCCAUAUUUCUGGAUCUAUGGUCGACGGCGCGUGACGCGGGCGGGAACGGAGCGGAGAUCCUCACGCGCGCCAAGAUUGCUCUGAUCCACGCUACGCUCGAGUAUCUCUUCAAGCGGGCCAACCACGGGGACCUCCGCGUGCUGCCCGACGCUGCCUUCUUGCCGUCUGUGUAAUCGUCAGCUCCUCCUGCGGCCCAGCCCGUGGUUCCGUCGGCCCCCGCGCCGGCCGCCGGCGCCCCCGCCUCCCCCCCCGCGCCCGCAGCGGCAGCCACCACAGCAGCCGCUACACCAUGUGCAGCCACCGCUACGACCGCGACUUCAGGGUCCGUAGUAGCGCCGGGGAGCCACCCGGGGGACGAGGAGGGCGCGAAAGGCGGGCUCGUACGGGUGGAACGGAAGGAGCGGCUGGCAGUUCGGUGGCGGGAGAGCCCUCCAAAAGGAUGGCAGUAGGAGACAGCGCGGGCGGACAUCGUCCAUUGUUCAAGGUGUUGGUGCAGGCGCAGGUAGUGAUCGACUAGGUUCUCGCGCAUCAUGGAGUACGUUCCGGACCUCGUGAGGGCGAUGCACAUUGGGCCCGGGGGAUGUGCCCCGCUGAUAACUCAAAUGAGCGCUGAGCUACCCGAGCUUGAUAAGCUUGCAGGUCAAGACGUGACCACAUUCAAGAAGGAGCGCGAGUUCACGACCAUGUUGGUGGCCAUGAUAGAUCAUUCUGUGUUGGUACAGGACCCGAUCGUAGGAUGUAUGGCGCUUCAUCAAGAGUUGGCGGCUUCAUCGGAGAAAAGCAGCGCAGUUGGUUACGAGGCCCUGCCCAAAAAGUUCAAGGAGGCACGAUUGCAGGCAGGGUUGACAAAGCAGCCCAAUUGGGGCGGCUUGGGCGGCGGUAGUGGAGGCUUGAUGGCAGGUGGCAUGCAACCACUGUCUUUGGCGCCGGCGUUCCAUGCCGUAGCACCUGCUUUUCCCUCGGUUCCGCAACAGUACGCACAUCCCACGCACAGGGGUUUCGGAGGAGCCAGGCACUACGGGCCGUCGCACAAUAGGCUUAGCGGUCGUGGUUUCGGCGGGAACCUUGGGGUUGGCCGAGUUGGUAAAUGAGCAGGGAGAGGCGGUGCCGCUGUCUGUGGUAAAUGCUCGCAGAUGGGAAAGCCCGCUGACCAUUCUUUCAGGACGUGCCCGGAGCAAGCGUGUUUCGAGUGCGGCAUGCCGGGGCACGUUAAGCGUGAAUGCCCGAAUUAAGUACAAGGCAUGGCGUCGGCAGGUAUUACGACGAAGAUAUGCAAUGGUUGUGGUGCGCGACGACACGGGUUCUAUGUUUGUUUGGCGGUUGAAAAAAUAACAAAAAUGAACGAUGAGGCAAAAUGCGACAAUGAG